AUGUACAUAUGUACGCAUAUCUUCUACACUGCCAAUAUGACGAGGAUGGCCGAAGUGUACCUCUGGUGUGGUGAUCGCAUUGCCGAGUCCACGAUUCAGGAGACCCAGGUUCAUGCCAAACGCAUCGCUAGAGAGGCCGGAGCUGGUCAAAAGUCAACACAGUUGUAUAUUAUCGACCAAGCUCGCGAACCAGCGAACUUCUUCCAAGCGCUUGGUGGCAUCGUCAUCACACGUCGUGGUUCACGCGCAGAAAGCUUGAAAGAGCCUUAUAUGCUUUGUGGUCGCCCACACAUGGGCCACAUUGCCUUUGAUGAAGUUGACCGCAGCAAAAGCAGCCUGUGCUCUGAGUAUCCGUAUAUCAUCGCCCGACCUAUCACACUCCAGGAGACGAAGAUUUGGUUGUGGAAAGGAAGCGGUUGCGGUGCUACUGCUAUCGGAAGCACUCGUCUAAUAUCUAUGGAUCUUAACCCUGGCGGUGGCUUUGCGGAAGUUGACGAGGGCAAAGAGACGGCCGAGUUCCUUGCAGAGAUCCACGAUUCUGGCAAGACAACUGUUUGUCAGUCUCCGGCACUCUGGCAAGGAAAAUGUGGUAAUUGGGAACACUCUUCAGUGCGCCUUUUCAGAAUUGAAGCGAAAGAGAAGCCCAAGCAAACGGUGACCUCCUUGUUCACUGGCUACUUCACCCGCCGCCCCUCCUGGAGCGCGCCCAAAUCUCCAAAUACAGAUCGACCCAACAGCGGUGGCGCUGGCAAAUUAGCCAAUGCCGAGUUCGAGGCAUCGAUCUCGGAAAUCGCGCCUUUCACUCAAGACGAUUUGGAACCUGAGGGCUGUUACGUUCUCGAUGCCAAUUCUGAGAUUCUGGUUCUACCCGGACCCUUGCUCUCGAAACAGAGUUUGUGGCAACAUGCUUUCACUCAAGCAUGUUUGUUCGCACAUGAUUAUGCUAUUUUGUCCGCUAGUCUCGAGGACAGACCUGCCAUUCCCAAGUCGAAGGUUGUUUUGGGCGGUCUGCCUAGAGAAAUCAAGGUGAAGUUUAGACGUUGGGAAGAACGAAGAGGGCUUUGGGGAUCUGGCAGUUUGAUGUCUGGAAGGGUGACUGGUGAGGAGGGAGGUAUGAUUGAUGUAAGAGAUGUCCUUGGUGUUUGUUGCGAAGCUUGA